UUUCAACAUCACAUCAGCACUACAUUUUCAAUAAUUGUUAAUUUUAUGCAUUUUUAGGUGCAAUAAGUAAUUUUCAACAUAAUUGGAUUACUUUAAACAUCAAUUACGUUGGCAUAGAUCCGUAAGCAGCGACGAUUUUAGUCAUUUUAAUAUCAAUUCUAUAAACCAUGGAGUAAAAUAUAUUAUCUACUUGAUACACCGGGAUGAGUCAUCCAAUUCCACAGGAAAUCCAAAACACAAGGAACUCCGAAGAUAAGCUGGAUUUGUAUGACUUGAUUGGGGGUAGUUGGCCCCCUGCACCUCGGCCACCAGAGCACCCUGAGUAUGGGUCAGUGCCUAGCAGACGCACUAUGCAGCAUUCAUCCCCACAUGAACGAGUGAAGUCUGUAAAUAUCAUUAAUCACCUGGCUCCAGAAAAAAGAAGAAUUAAACCCACAACUGCAAAUACUGCAUCUACAAGUUCUGAGGAAAGGCCAAAAAGCAAAAUGGUGCAUGAGCCAAAGAAAAUUGAAACUGGAAUUCUUGUUGAUGUGUGUAGCGGAGAUGGACCCGAGGAGUUGUAUGAUUCGCCAGUGCCCGGGUCUCCGAGGGCGGUUCCCGCGCAAAGACCUUCACCCCUACACUUACAGGAAGACAUAGGGGUGGGGUCUCUAGUGGAGGUUGCUACAGACGUGGAUCAGCAGUAUUAUGGAGUAGUCAGGUGGAUUGGGAUUAUUGAUGACACAGCGACAGCGGGCGUGGAGUUGGAGCAAAGCGUGUGCGGGCUCGGCGACGGCACGCGCGGUUCAGCGCGGCUGUUCUCGUGCGCUCCAGGGCGAGCGCUGUUCGUGCCGCUGCCACUCUGUCGCCGCGAUGCGCGCUUCCGUGACACACCGCCACCUGACACGGCUCGCUCUGACCCGGAUCCGCAUCUCGACCAGCCGGAGUGCCCGCUGGUGACGGGCGUGGUGCCGCCGCUGAGCUCGCUGGGCGAGCUGGCGGGCAAGAACCGCGGCAUCCAGGGCCACCACAACUCGUGCUACUUGGACGCCACGCUCUUCGCCAUGUUCACGUUCACGAGUGUCUUCGACGCGCUGCUGUACCGCCCGCCGGAACCGGAGGACUCUCCACACUACCUGGAGGUUCAGCGUGUACUGCGCGAGGAAGUAGUGAACCCGCUGCGGCGGCACGGCUACGUGCGCGCCGACCGCGUCAUGCGCCUGCGCACGCUGCUCGAGCGCCUCUCCGACGUGCCCGGCCUCACCUCCGAGGAGAAGGACCCAGAAGAGUUCUUAAACGGCCUUGUCGCUCAGUUACUGAGAGCGGAACCAUUCCUAAAGCUAUCCUCAGGACAGGAAGCUUUUUGUUAUCAGCUGUUCGUAGAAAAGGACGAGCAGAUCACGUUGCCCACCGUUCAACAGUUGUUAGAGCAGUCGUUCGCUACCUCCGGUGUGAAGCUUAGUGAGGUACCAGCUGCGUUUAUAAUUCAAAUGCCACGCUUUGGCAAGCAAUACAAAUUGUACCAACGAGUGUUGCCUUCACCACUGCUUGAUGUAACGGAUCUCAUUGAAGGCUUGCCCCGGCAGUGCACGGUGUGCGGCGGGCUGGCGCGCUGGGAGUGCGCAGCGUGCGCGCGCGGCGGCUCGCUGGAGGCGGGCGCGCUGUGCGCCGCCUGUCUGCGCCUCGCGCACGCCUCGCGACCGCACCACAAGGCAACGCCUUUGCUGGUGCCAGAAGAGUGGGCGAGCGUGCUGGAGGGCGCACCAGCGCCGCGCGUCUACAUGGAGCUGUUCGCGGUGCUGUGCAUCGAGACCAGCCACUACGUGGCCUUCGUCAAGGCGGGGCAGGCGCUCGACGCGCCCUGGUGCUUCUUCGACUCCAUGGCCGACCGCAAGGGCGAGCGCAACGGCUACAACAUCCCCGAGUGCGUGUGCAUCCCGGAGCUGGCCGCGUGGCUGAGCGAGGACGGCGCCAGAGCCCUGCUGGCGUCGGCGCCGCGCGACCGCCAGCUGCCCGCGCCCGCCAAGCGCCUGCUCGCCGACGCCUACAUGUGCUUCUACCGCAGCCCCGACGUCGCCAUGUACCGGUAGAUAACUCUACCGAACUAUCUGUGCGUAUCGCUGCCACCUUUCCCACCUUUGCCUAGAGAGUCUACGAGAAUGCGUCAGGUGCGUCAUUAUAUAUAGGUAGGUCAGUAAUAAUGAGCGCGUGUGACGAAGGUAUGCUGUACUAAAUACCAGC